GAAGAAGAAUUCUACACUCCUGGGACUCUUGAUCUUCUAGAAGCGAGAAGGUCAAUCGCCGAAUAUUCUAUCCAAAGGGCAGCAAUAAGAAUCGAAAAACAGCGGCAAGAAGCCAAAAUACCUCUGACAAGAAUAAUAGAGAUGCGGAAGCAGCUUUUCACCGAAUUAAAGGGGACGAUAGACCUCUUGCUCAGGUCCGCUUCUCGCCCAAUAGCAAAAUGCUGGCGACUGGCAGUUGGACACUCUGAUAGAAUAGGUGGAAUCUCCUGGCAUCCCCACGCCACGACCUCGAUAGGUCCUUCGGUCGCAAAUCUAGCAAGUGGAGCUGCGGACGGAAAUGUGCACUUGUGGUCGCUGGAUAAGUAUGUCAUAUCCUGCAACUAUUUGGUAUCCGCUAGCUAUGAUGGUACAUGGAGACUUUGGGAUGUUAACAAGUCAACGGAGCUUUUGUUACAAACUGGGCACUCGAAAGAGGUCUGGAUGCAUUUGGACGAAUAUGGGAUCUCCGCACAGGUAGCAACUGGGGGUGGCGAUGAUACGAUACGAUUAUGGGAUAUCCGAGCAUUACGAUCUCUCACAACGAUUCCAGCACAUCGCUCCAACGUUUCUGAAGUCCGCUUCUUCCAUUCUUCCAGCUCCCUUGUUUCCCUGGAGCAAGCUGAUAACAGCCAACCGGGCGCCAAUUCUCUUGAAAUGUUGGAAGAGCAAGUGUAUGAACGGUACAAGUCUGGCCUAUACUUGGCCAGCGCUGGAUAUGAUGGUUUGGUGAAACUAUGGAGUGCGGAGGAUUGGCAACUGGUACGAGCUUUGACAGCUGACUCAGAGAAGGUCAUGUCUGUCGACUUGUCACCGGAUGGAAACCUCAUUGCUUCUGGAUCAUUCAGUAGAAACUAUCAAUUGUUUGCAGCAGAAGGAUACAGUGGUUGA